AUGUAUGGGGACCUAGCUAACAAACUAAUUCUGGAAGCCAAGCGGACGCAACAGUUGAACCAUAACUCCAAUCAACUACCCAUGUACCAUGAGGAUCUAGUGAGAAAAGUACUUAGAGAAGUGACACAGUUGAAAAAUACCACUGAUUUUCUCAAGGAGCAACAACAAUUGCCUUCAGAUUCGGCAAUUCAGAAUGACAAGGUUUUGAAAUGUCAAUAUUUUGUCACAUUAUUAUGCAUGGAACGAAAUAAAAGAUGUUUGUUAGCAUAUCAGAAACUUCGUUCUGACGUCUUGAAGUCAUUGGCAUGGGGUAGUAAUGACGGUCCCUUAAUGUCAGCGACAGUAGAUACCAAUGGCUUGUCUCAUAUGGAACAAGAGUAUUUGAAGGAGUAUUCCGGAUUAAUUACGGAAUUGAAAGGCGGAGAAUGGACAGAUAUUGAUUUGUCUGGUUCAUUGACUCCUCCUAGUGAUGUAUUUAUUGAUGUGAGAGUAUUGAAAGAUGCUGGUGAGAUCCAGACAGAGUAUGGUGUUUUUAAUUUGAUUAAGGAUUCUCAAUUCUUCGUAAGGCAAUCAGACGUUGAGCGAUUAAUACAACAAGGAUAUCUACAGAAAAUAUGA